GGCAUCAUAUCCCGCGAGACCCUGCGGCUCGCCGCCGCCCUUCGCGCGUCCGGCGCGCGCCUCGCGAUCGUCUCCGGCGCCCGCACGGCGACGGUGCUGCAGCGGCUGCCAUACCUGCCCUAUGCUGAUGCGAUUGUAUCAGAAAACGGCGGCCGCAUAUUCUACCCUGAUCCCCACGGUCUCACGG